AUUUUCAUGUAUAGUGUGUGUGUCUGUUAGCCAUGGUGAGAGAGACAGGGGUUUGAGUAGUGGGUGGGGGAUGUGUCAUUAGAAUGACUUUGGAGCGAUAAGGAGAUAGAAAGGCAAAAGCAAAACAGAAAGACUGGUGAUGUAGGUGGGGUUAGUGUAGAUCAGGGGAGGGUGAGAAAACAGGGCUCUAACAUGUGCAGAGAAGUGUAAGGACUGAGACCAGAGCUGCACUGGCUUAGCAGUGAGUGAGAAAGGGGGACAGAGCUUUGGUUUAACAGACAAACACUCAGAGAGACCAAGCUGCGGAGGCCCACACAGCAGAUGCAAAGAAAGGAAGUGUGAUAAUCAGCUUGGGAAAUGACUGUGUAAAUUAUUUGCUGUUGUUCCGCUCACAGGCUGGGGUACUCUUAAACAGAAAUGAACGGUGAGGGCAGCAAACAGCGCUAUGUGUCAACCUUCAGGAUGCACAUCAAGCCACCCAGUGCAUCAUCUGCACCAAGGAAUCGGCCCGGACCUAUUGAUUCCAGGACUUCAGGCAAAUGUAGCGACACAGGGUCUCUUAAAUUAUCCUCUUAUAAACGACUGGAUCCACCCGUCUUCAUAGAGCCCCUGGAGGACUGCUGCGUGGACGAAGGAAGUGACAUCAUACUGCGGGGGGUCAUCGCGGGCAGUCAGCCAAUCAAAGUGUUGUGGUUGCACAAUGGUGAAGUCGCCCGUUUUGGGAAUUCGUCCUUUGAUGGCAGGGAGACGAGUUUUGUGGUAAAAGAGUCCUUGCCAGAAGAUGCUGGGGCUUACACCUGCCUGGCAGAAAACAGUGCAGGGAAGAUGUCCUGUUGUGCUGCUGUUGUUGUCAGAGACUUUGAAACUAUCUGUGGUGUGCAGAGCCUUGUAUCAAAUAUCACCAGUUCUGCAUCCACGAGUACUUUGGAGAACGGAAGGUCACCACAGCUUCCCAAAGAUGAGCUACAGAAAUUCAGAGGGUCUAUCUGUACUUCCCCUACAUGCGCCGAUAAACUUAGCCCAGUCUCAACUCCAAGAGAAGUCAUCCCCAAGAAGAGAGCCAACUCAGGAACAGGUCCAGUGCUACAGUUUGAAAACCCUCCACACCACAUUAAGGUGGAGGUGGGACAAACUGCCCGGGUGACGUGUCUUUUUACCAGCAGUCCUCCUGUAGUGUCAUGUUGGAUCAGAAACAAAGAGCAGAUAGUGGAUGGUCCAGAGCUGUGGGCAGAAAACACAGAUGUGAGCAGUACACUGGUUAUAGCAGAGGCUAAACCACAGCAUACAGGUCGCUACACUAUUGUAGUAAGAGACCGCAAGAACUCCGCACAACACACACUCACCCUUUCAGUGAUAGAGAGACCACAGCCUCCUGCCUCCUGUCCUGUGAUCUCCCUUAUCUCUCCCACCAAUCUUGUGCUGUCCUGGUCGGGACCCUGCUACGACGGUGGCAGUGCCGUCCUGGGUUAUGUUGUUGAGGUAAAGAACCAAGGACCUGCUGAGCCCGGGGACUGGACCGUUCUUACUGCCCAGUGUAAGAGUACAUCAUACAGAGUGUGCUCUGGGGUGCAGCCUCAACAGGACUACUGUUUCAGAGUGAGAGCCUACAACGAAGCGGGAGUAAGUGAGCCAGGACCAGUGUCAACAGUGGUUAGGAUGGAGCAGAAAGACUUAGACAAACCACAAGAAGACGAAGCCCCUCAAGGCUACACCUGUGUCUCUAUUGAAACUUCGCACAAAGUCACAGAUCACUACAAUUUGCAGGAGAAACUGGGAAUGGGAAAGUUCGGCCUAGUGUUCAAAUUGACCCACAAAGAGACAGGACAUGUGUGUGCUGGGAAGUUCUACAAAGGCCGGCGUGCCAAGGAGAGGGAAGCUGCCCGUAAAGAGAUAGAGUUGAUGAACUACCUCCACCACCCCAAACUGGUUCAAUGCCUUGCGGCGUAUGAUCACAAGCCUGAGAUGGUCAUGGUCAUGGAGUUCAUUGCGGGCGGGGAACUGUUUGAACGUAUUGUGGAUGACAACUUUGAGCACACAGAGCCUGCCAGUGUGCGCUACAUGCAGCAGAUCCUGGAGGGGAUUGCCUACAUGCAUCAGCAGAACAUUGUCCAUCUGGACCUCAAACCUGAAAACAUUGUGUGUGUUGACACAUCUGGCACCUCGAUUAAGAUAAUUGAUUUCGGCUUAGCCAGCAGACUUGAUGACAACACACCUCUGAAGGUGAUGCAUGGGACUCCAGAGUUUGUAGCACCUGAAGUGAUCAACUAUGAGGCUGUGUGUUUGGCCACUGACAUGUGGAGCAUUGGGGUCAUCUGUUACAUACUCCUAAGUGGUGAGUCCCCAUUCCAGGGGAGCAGCGAUGCAGAGACCCUGGCCUUGGUCACAGCUGCCCAGUGGGAGUUCGAUGAGGAAAGCUUUGAUGAAAUUACAGAGGAGGCCAAAAAUUUCAUUAGCUCUUUGCUCAACAAGGACACCAGGCGGAGGAUGUCCUGUGAAGAGGCUCUUGCCCACCCUUGGAUGGCAGCAUUUGAUUCUGGAGAUGUGCAGACCAAGAAUCUGUCCAAGGAGAAGAUGAAGCGGUUUCUAGCCAGGCAAAAGUGGAAGAAAGCAGGUAAGGCCUUGCUGGCCCUGAAAAGAAUGGCCCUGUUGUCAAAAAGUGAGAGCGCUGGAUCACCUACCAGUCCUGGAGAGGACUCACCUCUGAGCCCAGAGACAGAGGAUGCCCUGAAGUCUUUGGAGCGCAAGAUGCAGGGCCCACCUCAGUUCACCCAGAGUUUGGUGGACCAGACAGUAGCUAAGGGAUCCAAUGCCCGUCUUUCAUGUCACCUCACAGGAUAUCCUGAUCCGGAGGUGGUGUGGCUGUGUGGUAAAGAGCCUGUUAUGGAGUCAACCACAGUUCAAAUAGAGUACGAGGAAGAUGGCCGCUGUACCCUGGUCAUAACCAAAGUGGGCCUAGAUGACACCAACGUUUACACCUGUCGAGCCACCAAUGACCAUGGGGAGACAUUUUGCUCAGCCAAACUGAUUGUUCAAGAGUAAAUUCAUGAUAUCUAUGUAUGGAGAGUUAAAACCUAUAAACAUAAUGUUCAUGUGUGCCUUGAACAGCUGUAUUAUGCAUUUUUUUUCUUCACUACAAAUGGGGAGUGAAUCCACAUCCUGUAUUGUGGCUGGAAAUAUAUACACAUGUAUUAUUGUAUAAAAUAUAUGAACAGAUGAAUGUUAUUACAGAGCUACAAGCACAUAAAGGUUGAUAUUUUCUCAUGGGACUAAAACAUGGUAAUUCAUUGUCUUCAACAAUGUUGUUUCAGCUUAACCCAUGAAACUAUUUCUUACUUUAGGUGAAUAAUGUAAAGAUUCCCUUCCAAACCUAACAAGAGGUAACAUGAAUAACAGAGGUUUUUGAACUGAAAGCAAACAGGCCUGAAAUGAUGCUGACUUUGUUAGGCAAAACCAGGCAAAAGCUAGAUGACAAAGGAAGGCCCUCCAGGCAGGGGUGAAAGGUACAUCUUAUGAAAUUGCCUCAUGUUUUUGUCAUUAUUACAGGUGUUUCAUUUAGGCUAAUUACUCUCUAUAAAGCUGAAAAGCCCUGCCAGAGUUGGCCCUGGGGACCCACUGACCUUCUACUCAGCUAAAUUAUUGCUCAAGAUUCUGUGUAUGGACACAUGAAAAUUAAAGCAUACAAAACCUCACACCACCAGCACCAGUAUUUUUAUAUUUCAUUUUCUAUUGUAUUUUUUAAAUCAUACAUUCUUUUGUGGAAUUUUACCUUUAAAUGUAAAUAGACAUAAUGUAAAUAAAUAGUGAGGCUACA